AUGUCUCUCACCAACUACAUAGACCCCGAAAAUGCUCCCAACUUUGAGGACAUGGAGAAGCAGUUUGCCGUAAGAGCGGUCCAGCAUAUGUCGAUAUACUGGUCAAUUCUCGAAAAGUUGCCGGGAUCCAAACUUCGACUCACUAGACUGGAUGACGAGAUUCUCGAUCAUUUCAAGCGAGAAUUUCCAGACUUCGACCCGGCUGAGGAGAUCGAUGAAGAGCAGAUGAAGAGCAAAGAAGGCAAGGAAAAGUGGCGGAAAUUUGCCAUGGUGUACGAGAAAGGCGAGAAGAAAGUUGAGGACUACAAUUUCGGCACGAUGCUGAGAAAGAGUCCGAAAACUGAGUACGGAGAGAAGGAAACUAUUUUUGUCAUUCGAAUGCAGUUCUAUGCAAUUGAAAUUGCGAGGAAUCGUGCAGGUCUCAACGACUGGAUCUAUGAGCACGCUCAAAAAGAGGCCGUCAACAAGUCAUAA